CAUUUUUCAAGCACUCAGAGCAAUUUUUAUUUCAAGUAAAAUCUUGAUUUCUCUAAUGGAUUGUUUUCUAUGACAGGUGGGAGAUUCAAGAAAGAGAUAGUAGUUGAUGGACAGAGCUACCUAUUGCUAAUUAGAGAUGAAGGAGGUCCUCCUGAAGCACAGUUUGCCAUGUGGGUUGAUGCCGUUAUCUUUGUCUUCAGCCUUGAGGAUGAAAUUAGCUUCCAGACAGUGUACCACUAUUAUAGCCAUAUGGCAAACUGUCGUAAUGCUAAUGAAAUCCCAAUGUUACUAGUAGGAACUCAGGAUGCUAUAAAUUCAAAUAAUCCUCGUGUCAUUGAUGAUAGUAGAGCACGGAAACUAUCCAAUGAUUUGAAGAGAUGUGUCUACUAUGAAACUUGUGCUACCUAUGGGCUGAAUGUGGAGCGAGUCUUUCAGGAUGUGGCACAGAAGAUUAUUUCAACCAGAAAAAAACAGCAGCUUUCAAUAGGUCCUUGCAAAUCAUUACCAAAUUCUCCAAGCCACUCAUCAGUAUGUUCAACCCAGGUCUCUGCAGUACAUAUUAGCCAGACCAGUAAUGGAGGAGGGAGUUUAAGUGAUUAUUCUUCCUCUGUCCCAUCUACUCCAAGCACCAGUCAGAAGGAACUACGAAUUGAUGUUCCACCUACUACUAAUACUCCAACACCCGUUCGUAAGCAGUCCAAGCGCCGGUCCAAUCUUUUUACAUCUCGGAAAGGGAGUGACCCAGACAAAGAGAAGAAAGGAUUGGCGAACAGAGCAGAUAGUAUUGGAAGCGGUCGUGCAAUCCCAAUUAAACAGGUACAACCUGUGUAUAUGUGUGAAUGA